GGCGGGGCUGGGAGCGAUCGGCGGCGGCGAGCGGCUCCCGGAAAGGUCCCGAAACGCGGCUCGGCAACUUCGGAUCUGCCCCGUACGGAGCUCCGCGGAGAACGUAGGGGAGCGGGACGGGCCGUCCCGUGCGCUGCAUGUGGGCACCGCGGGCAAAAUGCUUUCUCUGAAGAAAUACUUCACGGAAGGCCUCAUCCAGUUCACCAUCCUGCUCAGCCUGAUCGGCGUUCGCGUGGACGUGGACACCUACCUGAACUCCCAGCUCCCCCCUCUCCGGGAGAUCAUUCUUGGCCAGAGCUCUGCGUACACCCAGACCCAAUUUCACAACCUACGCAACACCUUGGACGGGUAUGGCAUCCACCCAAAGAGCGUAGACCUGGACUAUUACUUCACUGCUCGCAGGCUGCUGAACCAGGUGAGGGCACUGGACAGAUUUCAAGUGCCCAGCACUGAAGUCAGUGCCUGGUUGGUGCACCGUGACCCCGACGGCUCCGUGUCCGGCACCCAGCCCAGCGCCGGCAUCGCCCUCGAAAACGGCGGUGCUCUGCAGGAUGGCAACGGUCCUGAUGGUGCUGUGAGGGAGAACGGGGCUGAGCAGGGCUUUGGAGAAGAGCUGGAGGACCUGGGAGCUGUGGCUGCCCCAGUGAACGGGGACCUGACCAAAGAGGUAGGCGGCUCCUUCUUUAUGUCUUGCCUUGGGGGGUGGCCUGGCUUUGGCUUCUUUGCUGGCUGUUGAUGUGAGUUUGGUGUUUUGCGUGUGCUGUGUGAUGAGCACGUGGCCAUGGGAAUGGCGUGGGGCCGAAGCACAGCGUGCUCCUGAACGCUUGCUAUACGCUCAGGGUGCUUUUCCACUUUUGUUUGCUGUAUUCUUGGUUGGAAAGUGAUACCGAAAGGUGAGGAAGGGGCCUGGGGUCGGCAUUUCAGCACGUGCACAAAGCUUUGUGUUGUGAAACCCGUCAAAUAACGCUGGGAAAUAAACACAGGCAUUGGGUAACAGCCUCAUCCCAGGUGUCAGCGGGGUGGUUGGGUUACUUGGCUCUGGAGUUCAUCCAGCUGAGACGUUUAUAGCUUGGUUUUCAUCAGAGAGGGGUGGGGAGAGGUGAACUGGAAAGUGGUUUAUUUUUUCUGUCUGUCUGAGCAUAACCUUUCAGAUGUUGUGAUGCAAUCGGUCCCUGCUAGGAGCUCCUCUUUUUUUUUUUUUUUCCUUUCCUUUUUGGCACUGGUCUCUUUGUCACGACCUGUUCAGCCUCAAUAUCUCCCCAGCCACGCGUGGGUGUUGGUGCUGCUUGGCUCUGUUGGGCAUUCCCAGCGUUGCUGCUGUUGUCUCGUGUUCUGAACUCGGUGAGGAGCCGCGUUGGGAUGCAGCCCAUUGCUCCCCAUCCCCUGUGGGCACCUCGAGCUUUGUCACAUGGUUUUAGCACAGCAGGAGGCAGGAAACCACGGAAGGAGAGCAUUUGAACACGUGCAGGCAGGAGGGACGGUGGCGGUGGUCGCUUUGGGUCGAGCUUUGCUGCGGUUGAGCAGCGCUGCUGUAGGAUGUGUGAGUGUGGAGGAGUCGCUGAGGCAAUGGGAGGAACUGGCAGCGCGGCGCCAACGUUCACAUGUCUGGCUCUUGGCCUGAUAACUGAGAGGUAAUUCCUGUGUGUGGAAAGAGGGAGGACUUUGACUUGCUUCCUGUAAGGCCACGUGUGUGGCCGUUCCCUCCCAGCUGCUCCUUGGCCGUGCUGUCCCCAUGUUGGAGCACUCGGGCUCUGCCCACCUCCCACCCCCAUUCCCUGCCUGCUGCCCCACAGCCCGGCUCGGAGGGCAGCCCCCAGUGGCACCGUGAGGAAACCCCACAGACUGUAGGGAUGGUGCUGCCCACAACUGCUUAUUUUUGGUGUCUUUGUCUGGAACCUUCACUCCCUGCUCGCCUGCAGGCUCGGUGCUGGCUGCAGAGCUGGAGCUUUCCUCCCGCGGGGUUGCAAACUCAGGGUUUGUGCUUUUGCUCGACUCCCCCGUGGCUUUAACGCACUGCAGGCGUCUGGGGCAGGAUGCGACCUUGUGCAGGGAGCAAGGCUGCCUUCCCGAUUCUAGAAGCUGGCACGGUGCGGCGCUAUGUGGGCGCUGAGCUGAAGGUGGGGCUCCUUUUGCCCCAGCAACUCCCGGUGGUGGCCGAUCCCCAGGACGAGGACCGGCGGCAGCAGGG